GGAGACGGAAUGGAGGUGCUGCCGGGUUCGGAGAUGGGGUCCAAGGGUAGCCAAGGAUGGCUGCAGCUUCAUAUGAUCAGUUGUUAAAGCAAGUUGAGGCACUGAAGAUGGAAAACUCAAAUCUCCGACAAGAGCUAGAAGAUAAUUCCAAUCAUCUUACAAAACUGGAAACUGAGGCAUCUAACAUGAAGGAAGUACUUAAACAGCUGCAAGGAAGUAUUGAAGAUGAAGCUAUGGCUUCUUCUGGACAGAUUGACCUAUUAGAGCGUCUUAAAGAGCUAAACUUAGAUAGCAGUAAUUUCCCUGGAGUGAAACUACGAUCAAAAAUGUCCCUCCGUUCUUUUGGAAGCCGGGAAGGAUCUGUGUCAAGUCGUUCAGGAGAAUGCAGUCCUGUUCCUAUGAGUUCAUUUCCAAGAAGAGGGUUUGUCAAUGGGAGCAGAGAAAGUACAGGAUAUUUAGAAGAACUUGAGAAAGAAAGAUCAUUACUUCUUGCUGAUCUUGACAAAGAAGAAAAGGAAAAAGACUGGUAUUAUGCUCAGCUUCAAAAUCUCACUAAAAGAAUAGAUAGUCUUCCUUUAACUGAAAAUUUUUCAUUGCAAACAGAUAUGACCAGAAGGCAAUUGGAAUAUGAAGCAAGGCAAAUCAGAGUUGCAAUGGAAGAACAACUAGGUACUUGCCAGGAUAUGGAAAAACGAGCACAGCGAAGAGUUGCCAGAAUUCAGCAAAUAGAGAAGGACAUACUCCGUAUACGACAACUUUUGCAGUGCCAAGCAACAGAAGCAGAGAGGUCAUCUCAGAGCAAGCAUGAAGCAGGGGCUCAUGAAGCCGAGCGACAGAAUGAAGGUCAGGGAGUGGCAGAAAUCAGCAUGGCAACUUCUGGGAGUGGUCAGAGUUCGACUGCACGCAUGGAACAUGACACAGCAAGUGUUUUGAGUUCUAGUAGCACACACUCUGCUCCUCGAAGGCUUACAAGUCAUCUGGGAACCAAGGUGGAAAUGGUGUAUUCAUUGUUGUCAAUGCUUGGUACUCAUGAUAAGGAUGAUAUGUCACGAACUUUGCUAGCUAUGUCUAGCUCCCAAGACAGCUGUAUAUCCAUGCGACAGUCUGGAUGUCUUCCUCUACUCAUCCAGCUUUUACAUGGCAAUGACAAAGACUCUGUAUUGUUGGGAAAUUCCCGGGGCAGUAAAGAGGCUCGGGCCAGGGCCAGUGCAGCACUCCACAACAUCAUUCACUCACAGCCUGAUGACAAGAGAGGCAGGCGUGAAAUCCGAGUCCUUCAUCUUUUGGAACAGAUACGCGCUUACUGUGAAACCUGUUGGGAGUGGCAGGAAGCCCAUGAACAAGGCAUGGACCAGGACAAAAAUCCAAUGCCAGCUCCUGUUGAGCAUCAGAUCUGUCCUGCUGUGUGUGUUCUAAUGAAACUUUCAUUUGAUGAAGAACAUAGGCAUGCAAUGAAUGAACUUGGGGGACUACAGGCCAUUGCAGAAUUAUUGCAGGUGGACUGUGAAAUGUAUGGGCUUACUAAUGACCACUACAGUAUUACAUUGAGACGAUAUGCUGGAAUGGCUUUGACAAACUUAACUUUUGGAGAUGUAGCCAACAAGGCUACUCUGUGCUCUAUGAAGGGCUGCAUGAGGGCACUUGUGGCUCAACUUAAAUCUGAAAGUGAAGACUUACAGCAGGUUAUUGCAAGUGUUUUGAGAAAUUUGUCUUGGCGAGCAGAUGUUAAUAGUAAAAAAACAUUGCGUGAAGUUGGAAGUGUGAAAGCAUUAAUGGAAUGUGCUUUGGAAGUUAAAAAGGAAUCAACUCUCAAAAGUGUCCUGAGUGCCUUAUGGAAUUUGUCAGCACACUGCACUGAGAAUAAAGCUGACAUAUGUGCUGUGGAUGGUGCACUUGCAUUUUUGGUUGGCACUCUUACUUACCGGAGUCAGACAAAUACCUUAGCCAUUAUUGAAAGUGGAGGUGGGAUACUGCGCAACGUGUCCAGCUUGAUAGCGACCAAUGAGGACCACAGACAAAUUCUAAGAGAGAACAACUGCCUACAAACUUUAUUACAACACUUGAAAUCUCACAGUUUGACUAUAGUCAGUAAUGCAUGUGGAACCUUGUGGAAUCUCUCAGCAAGAAAUCCUAAAGACCAAGAAGCAUUAUGGGACAUGGGGGCAGUUAGCAUGCUCAAGAACCUCAUUCAUUCAAAGCACAAAAUGAUUGCAAUGGGAAGUGCUGCAGCUCUAAGGAAUCUCAUGGCAAAUAGACCUGCUAAGUAUAAGGAUGCCAAUAUCAUGUCUCCUGGUUCAAGUCUGCCAUCUCUUCAUGUUAGGAAACAGAAAGCCCUCGAAGCGGAAUUGGAUGCUCAGCAUUUGUCAGAAACAUUUGACAACAUAGACAAUUUAAGCCCCAAGGCUUCUCAUCGUACUAAACAGAGACACAAGCAAAAUCUGUAUGGUGACUAUAGUUUUGACACCAAUCGGCAUGAAGAUAAUAAGUCAGACAAUUUUAAUGCUGGAAAUGUGACUGUCCUUUCACCGUAUUUAAACACUACAGUGUUGCCUAGCUCUUCUUCAUCACGAGGGAGCUUAGAUAGUUCUCGUUCUGAAAAAGAUAGAAGUUUGGAGAGAGAGCGAGGACUUGGUCUAGGCAGCUACCAUCCAGCAACAGAAAACGCAGGACCCUCUUCAAAGCGCAGUUUACAGAUCUCCACUACUGCCCAGAUUGCCAAAGUCAUGGAGGAAGUGUCAGCCAUUCAUGCCCCACCAGAAGACAGAAGUGGGUCUACUACUGAAUUACACUGUGUAACAGAUGAGAGGAAUGCACUGAGAAGAAGUUCUGCUUCCCAUACACACUCAAACAGCUACAGCUUUCCUAAGUCGGAAACGUCAAACAGGACCUGUCCUAUGCCUUAUGCCAAAUUGGAAUAUAAGAGAUCUUCAAAUGAUAGUUUAAAUAGUGUGAGUAGCAGUGAUGGUUACGGGAAAAGAGGUCAGAUGAAACCUUCAAUUGAAUCCUAUUCUGAAGACGAUGAAAGUAAAUUUUGCAGUUAUGGUCAAUAUCCAGCCGACCUAGCCCAUAAAAUCCAUAGUGCAAAUCAUAUGGAUGACAAUGAUGGGGAACUCGAUACACCAAUAAAUUAUAGUCUUAAAUAUUCAGAUGAGCAGUUGAACUCUGGAAGGCAAAGUCCCUCACAGAAUGAAAGAUGGGCAAGGCACAAACACAUAAUAGAAGAUGAAAUCAAACAAAACGAACACCGGCAGGCAAGGAGCCAGAGCAGCACUUUCCCCACAUAUAAUGAGAGCACUGACGAGAAUCACCUCAAGUUCCAGCCACAUUUUGGACAGCAAGAGUGUGUGUCCCCAUAUAGGUCAAGGGGACCCAGUGGUUCGGAAACUAAUCGAGUGGGUUCUAAUCAUGGAAUCAAUCAAAAUGUAAACCAGUCUCUGUGUCAGGAAGAUGAUUAUGAAGAUGAUAAGCCAACCAACUACAGUGAACGUUAUUCUGAGGAAGACCAACAUGAAGAAGAGGAGAGACCAACAAAUUACAGCAUAAAAUAUGAUGAUGAAAAACAUCAUGUGGAUCAGCCAAUUGAUUAUAGUUUAAAAUACGCCACAGAUGUCCCAUCCUCACAAAAGCCAUCCUUUCCCUUCUCAAAGAGUCCGUCUGGACAAAGUACUAAAACUGAACACAUCUCUUCAAGCAGUGAGAAUACAACCACACCUUCAUCUAAUGCCAAAAGGCAGAAUCAGCUUCAUCCAAGUGCGGCACAAAACCCGAGUGCUCAGACUCAAAAAGCUGCCUCUUGCAAAGUUUCCUCUAUCAACCAAGAAACAAUUCAGACUUACUGUGUAGAAGAUACCCCUAUAUGUUUUUCAAGGUGUAGUUCAUUAUCGUCUUUGUCAUCAGCAGAGGAUGAAAUAGGAUGUGAUCAGACAACACAGAAAACGGAUUCUGCUGAUACUUUACAGAUAGCAGAACUAAAAGAAAACAGUACAACCAGAUCAGCUGAGGAUCCAGUGAGUGAAGUCCCAGCAGUACCUCAGCACGUGAAAACCAAACCCAACCGAAUCCAGACUUCAGCUUUAUCUUCUUCAGAACCAGCCAGGCACAAGGCUGUUGAAUUUUCUUCUGGGGCCAAAUCUCCAUCAAAAAGUGGUGCUCAGACACCUAAAAGUCCACCUGAGCACUAUGUUGAGGAGACUCCACUGAUGUUCAGCAGAUGCACUUCUGUCAGUUCACUUGACAGUUUUGAGAGUCGCUCAUUUGCUAGCUCUGUUCAGAGUGAACCCUGCAGUGGAAUGAUAAGUGGCAUUAUUAGCCCCAGUGACCUUCCAGAUAGCCCUGGACAAACCAUGCCGCCAAGCAGAAGUAAAACCCCACCGCCACCUCCUCCUCAGACAGUUCCGACUAAACGAGAGGCAUCUAAAAAUAAAGUCCCAAACACUGAAAAGAAAGAGAGUGGGCCGAAGCAAGCUGCUGUAAACGCUGCCGUUCAGAGGGUCCAGGUUCUCCAAGAUGCUGAUACCUUAUUACACUUUGCCACGGAAAGUACUCCAGAUGGAUUUUCAUGUUCCUCUAGCUUGAGUGCUCUGAGCCUCGAUGAACCGUUUAUACAGAAAGAUGUAGAAUUACGAAUAAUGCCUCCAGUUCAGGAAAAUGACAAUGGAAAUGAAACAGAAUGUGAGCAGCCUGAAGAAUCAAAUGAACACCAAGAAAAAGAGGCAGAAAAAUCUGUUGACUCUGAAAAAGAUCUAUUAGAUGAUUCAGAUGAUGAUGAUAUAGAAAUACUAGAAGAAUGUAUCAUUUCUGCCAUGCCAAGAAAAUCAUCUCACAAAGCCAGAAAGGCGGCCCCGGCUGCUUCCAAAGUGCCUCCCCCUGUGGCCAGGAAGCCAAGUCAGCUGCCCGUGUACAAACUCCCACCGUCACAGAACAGGGUCCAGGCACACAAGCAUGUGAUGCCCCGGGUUUAUUGUGUAGACGGGACACCUAUUAACUUCUCCACAGCUACAGCUCUAAGUGAUCGAGCAAUAGACUCUCCUCCACAUGAAUUAACUGGCCAAGGGGUUCGAGCAGGGGCCCAGCCAGUUGAAUUUGAAAAACGAGAUACCAUUCCCACAGAAGGCAGAAGUACAGAUGAGGUUCCGAGGGGGAAAACUUCAUCUAUGACUAUACCUGAAUUGGAUGACAAUAAGACAGAGGAAAAUGAUAUUCUUGCAGAAUGCAUUAAUUCUGCUAUGCCUAAAGGGAAAAGUCACAAGCCAUUCCGUGUGAAAAAGAUAAUAGACCAGGUCCAGCAAGCCUCAGCAUCUGCAGCCAACAAAAACCAGUCAGAAGGCAAGAAAAAGAAACCGACAUCUCCAGUAAAACCUAUGCCACAGAAUACUGAAUAUAGGACACGUGUAAGAAAAAAUGCAGAUGCAAAAAACAGUGUAAAUGCUGAAAGAACUUUCUCAGACAACAAAGAUUCAAAGAAACAGAAUUUUAAAAAUAAUCCCAAAGACUUCAACGAUAAGCUGCCAAAUAAUGAAGAUCGAGUCAGAGGAAGUUUUACUUUUGAUUCACCUCAUCAUUAUACACCAAUUGAAGGAACUCCUUACUGCUUUUCAAGAAAUGAUUCUUUGAGCUCUCUAGAUUUCGAUGAUGAUGAUGUUGACCUUUCCAGGGAAAAGGCUGAAUUAAGAAAGGGGAAAGAAAAUAAGGACUCAGAAGCUAAAGUUAACAACCACACAGAACUAACCUCAAACCAGCAAUCAGCUAAUAAGACACAGGCUGUCCCGAAGCCUCCAGUUAACAGAGGUCAACCUAAACCCGUCCUGCACAAGCAGUCCACUUUCCCUCAGUCAUCCAAAGACAUGCCCGACAGAGUGGCAGCCACUGAUGAAAAAUUACAGAAUUUUGCUAUUGAAAAUACCCCAGUUUGCUUUUCUCGGAAUUCGUCUCUGAGUUCUCUCAGUGACAUUGACCAAGAAAACAACAACAGCAAAGAAAAUGAGCCUAUCAAAGAGACUGAGCGCCCUGACUCACAAGGAGAGACCAGCAAACCUCAGGCAUCAGGUUAUGCGCCGAAGUCAUUUCAUGUUGAGGAUACCCCUGUUUGUUUCUCAAGAAACAGUUCUCUCAGUUCUCUUAGUAUUGAUUCUGAAGAUGACCUUUUACAGGAAUGUAUAAGUUCUGCAAUGCCAAAAAAGAAAAAGCCUUCAAGAUUCAAGAGUGAUAAUGAAAAGCAUAGCCCCAGAAAUAUGGGUGGUAUACUAGCAGAAGAUUUGACGCUUGAUUUGAAAGAUAUUCAGAGACCAGACUCAGAACAUGGUUUAUCCCCUGAUUCAGAAAACUUUGAUUGGAAAGCUAUCCAAGAAGGUGCAAAUUCCAUUGUGAGCAGCUUACAUCAAGCUGCUGCUGCUGCCUGUCUCUCCAGACAAGCUUCAUCUGACUCAGAUUCUAUCCUUUCCCUGAAAUCUGGAAUCUCUCUGGGGUCACCAUUUCAUCUUACACCUGAUCAAGAGGAAAAACCUUUUACAGGUAAUAAAGGCCCUCGAAUUUUAAAGCCUGGAGAGAAGAGUACUUUGGAAGCGAAAAAGAUAGAAUCUGAAAAUAAAGGAAUCAAAGGAGGGAAGAAAGUUUAUAAGAGUCUGAUUACUGGAAAAGUUCGAUCUAAUUCAGAAGUUUUAAGCCAAAUGAAACCCCUUCAAGCAAACAUGCCUUCAAUUUCUCGAGGCAGGACAAUGAUUCAUAUUCCAGGAGUUCGAAAUAGCUCAUCAAGUACAAGUCCCGUUUCUAAAAAAGGCCCACCCCUUAAGACUCCAGCUUCCAAAAGUCCAAGUGAAAGUCAGACAGCCACUACUUCACCCAGAGGAACCAAGCCGUCAGUAAAGUCAGAAUUAAGCCCUGUUAGCAGGCCAGCUCCCCAGCCAGGUGGAUCCAAUAAAGGAUCUUCUCGAUCAGGAUCUAGAGAUUCCACGCCUUCAAGACCUGCCCAGCAGCCCCUGAGUAGACCUAUGCAGUCACCAGGGCGAAACUCAAUUUCUCCUGGUAGAAAUGGUAUCAGUCCUCCAAAUAAAUUAUCUCAACUGCCAAGGACAUCAUCCCCUAGUACUGCUUCAACUAAAUCCUCAGGUUCUGGGAAAAUGCCAUAUACAUCCCCAGGUAGACAAAUGAGCCAACAGAACCUUACCAAACAAACCAGCUUCUCCAAGAAUGGCAGUAGCAUUCCAAGAAGUGAGUCUGCCUCCAAAGGGCUAAAUCAGAUGAGUAAUAGCAAUGGAUCUAAUAAAAAGGUAGAACUUUCUAGAAUGUCUUCAACUAAAUCUAGUGGAAGUGAAUCUGAUAGAUCAGAGAGACCUGUAUUAGUAUGUCAGUCAACUUUCAUCAAAGAAGCUCCAAGCCCAACCCUCCGGAGAAAAUUGGAGGAAUCUGCUUCAUUUGAAUCUCUUUCUCCAUCUUCUAGACCAAAUUCUCCCACUAGGUCCCAGGCACAGACUCCAGUUUUAAGUCCUUCUCUUCCUGAUAUGUCUUUAUCCACACAUUCGUCUGUUCAGCCUGGUGGAUGGCGAAAACUCCCACCUAAUCUUAGCCCUACUAUAGAGUACAAUGAUGGGAGACCAGCAAAGCGCCAUGAUAUAGCACGGUCCCAUUCUGAAAGUCCUUCCAGACUUCCCAUCAACAGGUCAGGAACUUGGAAACGUGAACACAGCAAACAUUCAUCAUCCCUUCCUCGAGUAAGCACUUGGAGAAGAACAGGAAGCUCAUCCUCAAUUCUUUCCGCUUCAUCAGAGUCCAGUGAAAAGGCAAAAAGUGAGGAUGAAAAACACGUGAACUCUGUUUCAACAACCAAACAAACUAAAGAAAAUCAAGUACCUACGAAAGGGACUUGGAGAAAAAUAAAAGAAAGUGACAUCUCUCCCACAAAUUGUACUCAGAUCACUUCCUCAGGUGCUACUAAUGGUGCUGAAUCAAAGACUCUAAUUUAUCAAAUGGCACCUGCUGUUUCUAAAACAGAA